AAACUGUCCUUUAAUUCAGAUGUGGUGCAGAACAGUUUUUUUCUGCAACUUUGGAAGAAUAAAAAAAGUGUCGCAGGGAAAAAGCUGCACAGCUGCAAAAUAUAGACACUUGGAUGCUUCUUUGAGGCUUUAAAAUAUUGUUAAAUUGCAUGCCACAUUGAGUGAAACCAUAAUGUAUAGAUUAGAUGUUCUUUUUCUUCUUCCAAUGUGCGCGCCAGAUGUGCGCCACAGCUGCGCCAGAAUGGAUUUAUGCGCCCUGCGCAUCAGCAGAACCUGGAAUGGCAGCAGUCCUGCACAAAGAAAAGAAGGGCUUUAUUUGAAGAAGAGGGGGAAAAAAAGAAAAAGAAAGAGCAGAUCCCACCUCCCACAUCACGCCCUGUCCACCUCCCUCCUAAAACUUUGCCAGUUUCCAAAAGUUGACCAGAACAGAGCAGAGCGCAGCAGCGACCGCGGAAGAGUCCAGCGCUUUUUUUUUCUCUCUGCGCACAAUCGACUGUCUGUAGCCUGAGAAUGACAACUUAAUUGCUCCCCUCGGGCUCCACUUUUUUUCCCUUCUUCUUUUAUAGAGAUUAUAUUCAUCUUUUCGUGCCGUCUGCCACACCUGCCUGCCCAAACUCUGAUGGGCGCGGCUGGGAUCGGAGCCCACAUCUCUGUUUUGACUCGCCUGCUGGGAAGGUUGAGAGAAAAGGCACAAACGGAUCAAGGAUUCUGAGAAAACAUCCCCCCUGGACGAGACCAGUCGCCCCUGACAGGAGUCGGACACUUGUUGAAGCUCACUGAAGAGAGCUGCAGCCGUGCUGUUUGUCACAGAAAAGGAGCAGAUUGUGCAUGACUGUGAGCCCUUUUUUCCCCUUUUUUAUCAUCAUCUCACCAGAUAGGAUGGAAUGGACGAGUUAACGAGACACAUGGAGUUCACUGGAGAAAAGGUUGUGACAGAAACGGUAACCUCCACAACAAGACUGACAACUCUCCCACCAAAGGGAACCAGCGGAUCAAAUCAGAGGAAUAUGUCCAGCAGCACUGGAGGGCUGGGCUUGGAGAAGAAUGCCUUAACCCACAGCAGCAGUGGAGCUUACUUCACUUCAUCUUCCAUAGGUGUGAACUCUGGUAGCUACAGCUCCUCCUCGGGAAUUUUCCUUGGAGGAGACUCAUCGGGUGGAGGCGAGGGAGGGAGUAGCUACAUAGAUGGAGAAAGCUUUGGCAGUGGCGGAGGAGGAAGAGGCGGAGGUGGCGGUGGGGGCAGUUAUCUUGUAAGCUCUGUGUCAAAGGUCCGGUCAAGCUCGGCCGGCGGUGCCAGGAGAGCGCAGACUGCUGGCUCAUCUGGAGGUCUGUCGCCAGCUUUCCGGGAGAGGAAGACUAUAUCAAGUCGCUCGGGCGGCUAUGACGGGAGUUCCAGUGCAAAUUCCUCCCCAGAAUUUCCACGCAAAGAUUAUGGAAACUACUGCUCCAGCAGCACAAGAGGGAGGAGUGAGAGCAGAGAGAGUGAAAUCAGAGCCAGAUUACAGAGUGCCUCCCCCUCUGCCGGAAGAUGGGCAGAACUGGACGAUGUGAAGAAACUGCUGCAGGGACGCUCCAGCAGCGUCAGCCCCACUCGCUCCUCCUGCACCUCCAUCACGCUGCCCGUCCCCAAGAAGGCCAGCGUGGAGACCAAGACCAUUUCAGUGGCCACCCAGUCAGCAACUUCAUUCGGCUCCAGCGUGCACUCGGGCGGGUUCAACGUCAUCGACACAUCUGGCCUCUAUGAUUCAAAUGUGACAUCUGGACAUCGGGAUACUGGAGUCCAGACUGGCCACUAUGAUGUCACAAUGACAUCAGGGCAGUAUGACACCGGGAUCAAGUCGAGCCAAUACGAUAUUAGCCUGAAAUCAGGCCAGUAUGAUACUGGCAUGAAGUCGAGUCAAUAUGACGUUAGCCUGAAAUCAGGCCAGUAUGAUACUGGGAUGAAGUCAAGCCAAUACGAUGUUAGCCUGAAGUCAGGACAGUAUGAUACUGGGAUGAAAUCCAGCCAGUAUGCUACGGGCGUUAGAGCGGGCCAGUACGAUUCCAGUGUCAGAUUAGGCCAGUAUGACACGUUGGAUUCGGCAUAUCCUGCUUUCACCUGGUCCACCACCACCCUGCCCUCCACCUCCGCCACGACCGUCAUCGGUGGCAGCACCAACUACAGCUACCACGUCAGCCAGGUCGGCACCAACAACAUGUCAGGAGGGUCCCCGCCGAUCAGCCCCGCCCCUGCUUCAUCGCUGUCAGUUUAUGGUUUCCAGAACAACCUGGCGCCCACCUCUGGCUGUGUGCUCACCACCAGUGGAGCCAACGUAAACGCAAGCCUCGGAGGUUAUGGCGUUCAGAAGAACGUCUCAAACGGCGGUGGAACCAUCAGCACCGGAGUGUCCUCAGUCACCAGAUCCCAAACGGAAGAUGCUUUAAAGCGGGACUACAAGUUUGUUGUGUCUGACAAGGAGAAUGUUCCAGUCAGGAGGGAAACAGACAUGCUGAUUUUAGCAAAAGACAGCGGAAAGCAGUUCACCAGCAGCACCGGUCAUUUAGGAGGAGGUUCAUUGUCAGGAGAUUCAAUAAAGAAGGAGAAACUGAUUGCCGGCUACAGCGAGACGGCGGCGCUGAAAGCAGAGACGGGCAACUCCUACUAUGGAUCAUCUGGAGUUCUGAUGAAGGACAAAGCCACUUAUGCAGAGAUCUACAGGGACAGUGGCGUCUUCGGGGGUGGAGGAGUCUGUUGCUGCUCCGACUCCUGCUGCUCCUGGUGGAAGUGGCUGCUGGGUCUGCUCCUCCUGUCUCUGCUCCUGCUGGGACUCCUGUUUGGCCUCAUUGCUCUGGCUGAGGACGUGAGGAAGCUGAAGAGUGAAGUGGCCACUCUGAAGUCAGACGCUUCGGCUGCCUCUGCUCGCAUCAGUCGCCUGACGGGUUCAAAUGACAUCAACACUUACGUGGGCGGUGGAGGCGCUGGAGUUGACAACACGCUCAUCCUGGGGGCUGGAGGUGCAGGUGGAGGAACAGCUGGAGUCGCAGGUGGAGGAGCAGGAGGAGGAGGAGCAGCUGUUGCAACUGGAGUUGGAGGUGGAGACUCGGGGUCCAGGACACAAAUCAACAUUUAUACUGGUUCUGGCACGUCUACUGGUGGGAACGGAGUGAGUGACGGCAGCCUGAGCGCUGCUGGUUCUGCGGGAGCUGGCUCCAGUGGCGGAGCUGGUACCAGCCUGACCGGCAGCAUCAAUGUGGAUGGAACCAGCUUAGGUGGUGGUACUGGACUUGGAACUGGUGUGAGUGGAACCAACUUAAGUGGUGGAGUUGCUGUGGGUGGAACCAGCUCUGGUGGUGGAACCGGCGUUGGAACUGGCGUUGGAACUGGCGUUGGAACUGGCGUGAGUGGAACCAGCUAUAGUGGCGGUACCAGCUAUGGAACUGGCGUGGGUGGAACCAGCUAUAGUGGCGGUACCAGCUAUGGAACUGGCGUGGGUGGAACCAGCUAUGGUGGCGGUACCAGCGUUGGAACUGGCGGAGCAUACUUAAACGACAUUGUUCUUCUGAGAACCAUCCAGCAUGUGCUGCAUUCUGAAGUGAAGUCCCAGACAUUCAGAGCUUUUCUAACAUCCUCAGUGCAAGGGGAGAGAGGUCUGCCCGGACCUAAAGGGGACUCUGGAACUAAAGGAGAACCUGGUUUCCCUGGACCUCCAGGUCCACCAGGUGUGACGGGAAAACCUGGGCCUGAGGGUCCCAAAGGACAGAGGGGAGUUCAAGGUGAACAAGGACUGGAGGGGCCACCUGGAGUAAGAGGUCGAGAGGGCCCUCCAGGACCAAGAGGGGAUCUAGGACCCCCGGGUAGUGGACAGAAGGGAGACAAAGGUGCCAGUGGAGAACCUGGGGCUCCUGGAUCUAUGGGACCUGCUGGCAUUCCUGGCCCUAAAGGUUCACAGGGCCCCCCAGGGUCUCCCGGGUUGCCAGGCCAGCCUGGUUCUCAGGGUUUCCGGGGUGAAGCGGGACUUCCUGGACCUAAAGGGGACAGGGGGCUUUCAGGGAUUCAAGGACUUAAAGGUGAAGUGGGUGACAGAGGGUUCAGAGGUCUGCAAGGAGAACCUGGUUUACCGGGUCCACAAGGACCAGGAGGAGAAAAAGGCUCUAAAGGAUCAAUGGGUGAUCGAGGACUGCCUGGGUCUCCUGGGCUCAGAGGUCUUUCUGGUCCUCCUGGAGAGGCUGGACUUCCAGGAUCAACUGGACUUCAAGGACCACCAGGGAGACCAGGCGAUCCAGGUCGCCCUGGACCCAAAGGUGAACCUGGGCCAGCAGGAAGAAUCAUUAAUGCAGCUGGCUCCUCAACAGUUGCCAUCCCAGGACCACCUGGACCCGCUGGUCCUCCUGGCCCUGCUGGACCCCCCGGAUUAUCAGGUCCCAUCGGCCCUGCUGGUCUACCUGGUUCACCUGGUCCUAAAGGUGACAGGGGCUCUAAGGGAGAUACUGGAGAGCCAGGUUUAAGUGUGAGAACCACUGAAAGAAUAUCAUCAUCCACAGCAGAGAGACAAUUUGGUUCCAGUGGUGCAUCAGCUGGACUACCUGGUCCUCCUGGUCCACCAGGUCCACCAGGGGUUCCAGGACGACCAGGUGAUUCAAGACAAGGACCUCCAGGACCUCCAGGGCCUCCAGGCCAGCCUGGUUAUGGAAGACCUGGACCUAAAGGAGAAAAAGGAGACUCGACGUUUGCAGCUGGCACUGGAACAUUUUAUCCUGGGCCACCUGGACCACCGGGAUCUCCCGGACAUCCAGGGCCUCCAGGGGUCAAAGGGGACACUGGAGCUCCUGGAAUUCCAGGCACUGCCAGAGUCAUGUCAGGACCUCCUGGCCCCCCAGGAUCUCCUGGUCCCCCUGGCCAGCCGGGUUCCUUUGGAUCUUCCAGUGAGAUACAACAGUACCUGACAGAAUAUCUGAGUAGAUACGCACAUGGUGGCAUGCGAGGGCCUCCGGGUCCACCUGGGCCUCCGGGACUCCCUGGAACCUUCUCCGGCUCUAUUGAGGACAUCUCCGCUCGGAUUAUGGCAUACUUACAACGCUCAGAUUCAGGGUUCAGCUUUGGUGCUGCUCGGGGUCCACCAGGUCCGCCUGGUCCUCCAGGACCUGCUUCUGCAUCCUUAUCAGUCUCUGGCCUCAUCUCCAUGCUUCAAAGAGACGAUGUGAGGGGAUAUUUGUCAGGACCACCAGGGCCACAAGGACCACCUGGACCACCAGGAACAUCAGUAGGACUUUCAAGCUCAUAUAGAGUUGAAGAGGUGGCUAAUUAUGUCUUCAAAGCAAUGAACGAGAGAGGUAUUGGAAGAGGUCCACCUGGACCUCCAGGUCCCUCUGGACCUCAGGGUCCUCCUGGCCCUCAGGGUCCCGCUGGAGUGCCAGGUUCUCGAAGCUCUGGUUUCUCCUCAGGUUCCAUAGAUUAUUCAGCACUGAUCAGGAAUCAAGAGUUCCGGUCGUGGAUCACGUCUGCUGUACAACAUGGGCCUCCUGGUCCUCCAGGUGUCCCAGGAUUACCUGGCCCUCCUGGCCCUCAGGGACCACCAGGAGGGUCUACUGCAACGGUGUAUGGGGCAGGAGGUCGAGGCUACAGCUUAGAGGACAUUCAGCGCUACCUGCAGGGUGCUGGCUUUCAAGGCCCCCGUGGCCUCCCUGGUCCUCCUGGCCCUCCAGGUCCACAGGGUCCAUCGGGAACCUCAACUGGCGUAGUUUCAUAUAGUGGAAGCUUCUCAAGAGAGAGCAUUCAGGCUGAGCUUCGGGAUUAUCUGAGCAGUGAAGCUGUCCGAGGUAUGAUCAUGGGCCCUCCUGGACCUCCGGGUCCCAGGGGCCUGAAGGGAGAGCGUGGAGAACCAGGUUAUGUCCAGGGCCACAUGCAGAUCCACGCCUCCUCGCAGGGUGAAUCUCGAUAUGGAUCUCACGCAUCUCAUGGAUCUCACGCAUCUCAUGGAUCUCAUGGAUCUCUCGGAUCUCUCGGAUCCCAGCAAAGAGAGAUGGACCUCAGCUCGCUCACUGAGAGGCUGGACUACUCCAGCGUUGCCAUGAAGGUCACAGACUACAUUAAGAACCAGGGUCUGCUGCAGGAGUAUCUGGGGGAUGAUUCUUUGAGGUCAAAGGUACGAGCAGUGCGAGGACCACCUGGCCCACCCGGUCCUCCUGGACCACCCGGCUACAGUCGAGUCUUCGGAUCCUAUGGCAACAUCACCGCUGACCUCAUGGACUUCUUCAGGGCUCACGGCACCAUCCCCGGACCCCCAGGAAUCCCGGGAUCACAGGGAGAGAGAGGUUACCCAGGACCCAAGGGAGACAAGGGUGAUCCAGGACCUCCAGGAUUACCUGGAAUACCGGUGACGUAUCCCGUCCAGAUUCAGGACGGAGUGCAACGGAGAGAAACCGCCUUUAAAGUGAUUAAUCAGCAUCAUCAGCAACAUCACCAUACCAACGGUGGCUGAGCCUUCAGACUACUGGACUGCAUCAAGACUACAUUUAAAUUUGAUCUUUUUCUGUACUUUAAUAAUUUUUUUUAGUGAUAAGUUUACCAAUGCAAGAGCUCAGAAAUUUGUAGAAGGCAGAAAUAAAAAAAAUGCAAUUAUAUCUUUAAAAACUGCUUAUAGAGCCCCUGAUCCAUGUUUUUGCCGCACAGACAUGAAUACUUAGCAAAUGGGAGUAUAAUGUUUACCUUGUUAUAAGCUUGCAUAGACGUUUCCAGGGGCAGCUUUACUCAGAACAUACUCCAGCAAUAACCAGCAUCUGCUUUCACUUUUAAUUAUCCCAGAAUCUGAUGUACCUUAUAAAAAUAUCUAUUUUUUUCUGUCAGGAUUAUUCUGUAUUGAGGACUAUGGAAAUGUUGAGUUUUUGAUGCAUUCUUUCCACACAAAUUGCAAAAAUGUACCCCGAAUCCCCCCAAAAAUUACCAUUACAUGAACUUGACUCAGUCAAGUCGGAGUGAGGGUCAUUUCAGAAAGAGUUGUUUACUUGAAAUGUUUGUUUAUGUUGUGACUUUAAAGACAGAGACUCAGAUGAUCGGUAAGACAUGACUGUUUCAGGCUGUAUAUUUUUAUGUAGAAGAGAAGAAAAAGCACUGAAUUUGAUAUAUUUUAUACCUUUAAGUGUUAAAAUACUAAAUUAUGGAAUGUUACCCAGAUUCUGUUUUACAUACGUGAAAUAAAAAUAAAAAAAUAAAAUUAAAAACCAUUUUUUUGGGCACUUUUUAAUAGUUUAUUUUGAAAAACAGGUCCAUUCAAAGUUUCAAACUAUUUACAAGAAAAUAAAAUCAAUUUAUAAAGACAUUUGUUCCAAUAAAUGUAUAUAUUUAGAAUGUUAAUGAAAAUAUAACUUAAAAGUGAAAUAAAAAAAAUUCUAUGGGAAAAAUGAUUAAAAAAAAUUAACAUCCUAGUGUGGAAAAAGGAAGCCAGCAUUCAUUUGAGAGGUGCAUUUUAUGAACAUGCACUGAAAAUAAAAACUCAAGUUAUUCAAAUACAGCCGAGAGGUUUGUGUCCUCACAGUUACAACUCUGGAAUUAAGAACAAUUACAGGGUUGGAAAUAAAGGCAUAGAAAACUCCAUAACAGAGUAAAAGCUUGUUGGAAAAACACAAAAAAGUGGUUAAAAAGGCAGGCAAAACUAAAGAAAUGGUUGUGUCAGCUGUGAAUUUAAAUAAAGUUUUGGUGAGAUGACAUUAACAACUGCAUAAGUUUCCUCUUGCGUGGCAAAAACAGUGCAAAUCAAGUUUUACAUUCCAUCUGAACUUCACGAAAAAUCACUAUUUGUGAUGGAGGUGCUCCAAAUAUCCCAAAAACGCUAAAGAUUUCAAAA